AUGGGGGCUUCAUCUGAUUCCAGUGCCAUAGCAAAACUCAUCAAACUCGGCUGCUUGGUAGGCUUCAUCUUUGUAGGCCUCACAUCACUGCUUCGCUAUAUAUUUGUUGCCAAGGAUCGAAAUAGAUGUGCUAGUCUGCUGAAUGAUGGCUGGUGGAUAGACGACACAUACAGGAACUGGCAACCAGCGAGCUGUAUGAUGCACAACUACAAACCAUCAGAGAUAUCCAGCUGUCUUGGCCACGCUCGUAUCGUGUAUGUUGGUGAUUCCAUAGUUCGACAGCAGUUUUUUGCUGCCCUGAAUCUCGUCAAGCCUGGCAUCGACACCUCGGGAGAAGCACAUGUCAACCGCAAAUAUGUGUUUAAUGAGCAACAUCUCACAUUGGAAUUCUGGUGGGAUCCUUACCUGAACGAAACCACUGAUUUGCUGCAAGGCAGCCUGCCUUCGAUCCGGCCUAGCUUGAUGGUAGUAGGUUCAGGUGCAUGGCAAAUGCAUUACUUGGGAGAAAAUUACUUCAAGGAGUGGAAAAAGGGAAUUGACACUGUGUUUGAUGCUGUGCAACAAACACAAGUGGCAGAUGCAGUGCUCCUGAGCCCUGUUGAGAUACCACAGUAUGACAAGUUGGGGGCAAACCGCACACAGACUAUGACCAUGGACAAGAUCACGCAGAUGAACGGGUACCUGAUGGAGAGAUACAGCCAGAUGCGGACACCACAAACACCCUUAGAGAUACCUUUCGUAUGGAACGAAAUUGGCACGCACGCAACCAAUGUCUCCGAGGAUGGGCUUCAUUACAACCCCAUUGUUACCACUGUUCAGACACAGAUCGCUCUCAACUACAGAUGCAAUGAUCAGCUCAGCAAAAAGUUCCCCAUGAGCGACACUUGCUGCUUUAUAUAUCCUGCACCCAGAUGGUAUCAGUUAGCGUUCAUGGCCUUCUUUUUGUUCUGGAUUCCUGCUGGUUUCUUGGCUACAAGUUUGUUAUCCGGCACUUCCAUGAUAAGCAAGCUGUUUCCCUCCAAGAAGCUGUUGAAUGCCUGCUUUGUGUUUGGCCUGUGCGUCAUGUACAUGUUUUAUGGAGACCGAACGCAGUUGUUUGGCAAGAUCCAAAAGAACUUUGACGCCACCGUGUUUAUUGGUAUGAUGAUGGCAGUGGCCGUCUUGGGCAUGGUCAAACUACAGCACAAGAACGAAGGAGACCAGGGCUUUUUGAACCGCCACCAAACCGAUGAAUGGAAGGGAUGGAUGCAGGUGAUCAUUUUGGUGUACCAUUUCUGUGGCGCUUCAGGCACAUCAGGCAUCUACAAUGCUGUGCGCAUUUUGGUAGCAGCGUAUCUCUUUCAAACUGGCUAUGGUCACUUUUUCUUCUUCUACAAGAAGGCUGAUUUUGGCAUGGGCCGCAUCUUGAAUGUCAUGGUGCGACUCAACUUUUUGACAUUUGUAUUACAGUACUUGAUGGACACGGAUUACCUGAGCUAUUACUUUACGCCCUUGGUCUCAUUUUGGUUUCUGGUGAUUUGGCUGGUCAUGUACACUGGACACCAGUGGAAUAAGGUGCCUACCUUUAUGCUGAUCAAGCUGGCUGUGUCGUGUGCUGCUACCACUGCAUUCAUCAAAAUAGACGGUGUAUUGGAGUUUGUGUUUAACCUCUUGGAAAUCGUGUUUAAUGUGCAUUGGAAUGCGGGCGAAUGGCGCUUCCGUUUAGCGUUGGAUGCCUAUAUCGUCUAUGUGGGCAUGCUUUGCGCUUAUGCUUUCAUCAAAAUGACAGAGCACAAGGUGAUGGACCAUCCUCGUUUCCCUGCACUUAAGAAGGGAUCGCUUGUGUUUUCAGUGCUCGCCAUGGUGUGGUAUUUCUGGUACGAAAUCACGCGCGAAAACAAGUUUGUCUACAAUGAAACACAUCCUUACGUCUCCUGGAUUCCUAUCAUGGCCUUUAUUUUCCUCCGUAAUGCAAACGUCUAUUUGCGCAACACACACUCUGAAGUUUAUGCUUUCAUUGGUAAGAUCUCUCUCGAGACAUUCAUCGGUCAGUUCCACAUGUGGUUAGCGGGCGAUACCAAGGGCUUAUUGGUCAUUUUGGCUCAGCCUACUUGGGUUGCUGGUCUGGGAUGGUGGAUCAAUUUGCUGAUCUCUAGCUGUUUGUUCAUCUUUGUGUGCCAUUACAUGAGCCAAACGACACAUACCAUCUCAGUUGCUAUUUGCACCUUGGCUCAAUCCAAGAAGGCCGAUUCAAAUGGAACCACCCCGAGGGCAGCAGGCGGCGACUAUCAAGCUGUUCCCCUGCUACCAACCUCAACAUCAGAAGUGCAACAGACCUCAUCCACCGGCAUUGAUCUUGUGGUGCAACCCACUCAUCUUAAGCAAGAAGCAGCGAUAUUACAAGCACAGGAGGAACAAGAGGAUGAGGAGGUCUGGGAUGCAUCACUUGUUAACGAAAAGAAGCCGACUCUAUUGAGAAAGAUUUUAGAUGAUACCCGAGUUAAAGUGCUUUUGUUUUUCAUUGCCAUGGGAUUAUUGAACAAUUUCUGUUGA